UCCUUUCAUUAUUUCUUCUGACGUGCGUUUGUUUUUUUUUUACAACCACCGUAGCGUAUGGUGGACUAUUUAACUCAGACUGGACCUUACCCCGACGGACACGCCGGAGCCCCUUGUCCCUUGGCUCUUUGUGAUGUAUGAAUGGAUCGUUAACAGACUCAGUUCAUUCUUUGUGCCCAGUUCUGGGCAACCGGCGCCCGGAGAACCGCACAGCUCUGUAGCGGCCCCCUCAUCUCAGCACGCGCAGACGAGCAACGUCAGCCCGGCUAAGAGAAAUUACCAGAGGUCGGUGUCCAGUAGGUCGGAGGAGACUGAGAACAUCAAUUCACCAUCCGAUGACACUGAAUGGAUACAAAUUAAAAGACCACGACUGGAUGGCUUUGUCAGUGUUGUGAAAAGAAGGAUAACAGGAGUUGCAGGCUUCUUCAGGUUACACAAUCCUCUGACUCCACCCGACAGCGACUCCCAGGGUGUGGACUGGGCUGACCAGGUUAUUCCAAAGCCAUUUGGUGAAAUUCAGAGACACAGCCCAAAGAAGUGGUUAAGCAGAAUGGAUUUCAAACUGGAAAAUCCAACAGAUGAAGGUAGCGGCCGUUCAGAAAAGACUUGGCUAGAUUAUCGAUCCAAGGUUGUGCCAUCGUUCACAAAACCGAGUGUGACUGGUGUAGAGAGUUUCUCAGUGAAGAUGCAAGGCAGGAAUCUGCGGCAUUGCCUUCACCAGGGACUCCUGCCCUCUCGACUCCCCCAGAGCUGUGCAGUGCUGUCUACAGCAACUCCUGCCAGCCACACCCAAAGGAGGCGCUGCCUGGCAGCAGAGGAGAGUCUGCAGGAGAGUGGCAGAGAACAAUACAGACGUCUACUGGAGAUGAUAUCUGAAGAUUACAGGAAAACUGGCAAGCAGGUGCUGUUUAACAGACCAAAACAGUCCAUAUCUUCAGCUUCUUGUCAGUCCAACAAUUUCAGGCCAGUCAUCAGAAAUGGAGCCUGUUGCUCAUCAAGAGUUUUACCGAUGCGAGCAAACCACUGUGAUUCAGUAUGGAGAGAUGAUAGAUUUGCAAGACAAAGUCAGGAUCGAAAGAUUGAUACACACGUUCUUAAUUCGUGCAAGCAAGCAGUGGAAAACAAACCAAAUAAUGGAAAAACGGCAGAAAUGGCAGGAGAUGGUAUGGGAAGACACAGCGAGAGGCCUCCCAGCACUGCAUUGUCAUUGUCAUCAAGCCACAAACCUGAUCAAGGGAAACCCGCCUCUAAAGAGAAGCAGCCUCUGGAUGUGGACCUGUCUGAAGAGGUUGCAGCUCGCUUGAAUCUGGGUGACGGUGAGCCCGCUGUUUCAGCUAGAGUACCAGUCGCCCACAAACAACCACCUCCAGCAAAGACUGUUCAAGCAGCUGAAGAAUUCCCUCCACUAACUCAGGAAAUGGAGCAGGCAAUCCACAAGGCGAUGGGUCACAGAAACCCUGACGAAGUCCUCAGCAGCUCUUUCAAAUUGAGGAUAACCCGCAGAGACCUCAGCACCUUGACUCAUCAGAGCUGGCUCAACGAUGAGGUCAUCAAUUUCUACAUGAAUCUCCUGGUAGCCCGCAGUGAGCAGGAGGGAUGCCGGCGAGUGUAUGCUUUCAGCACCUUCUUCAUCCCAAAGCUGCGUACUGGAGGAUACCAGGCUGUGAGGCGCUGGACCAAGGGCGUGGAUUUAUUUGAGAAGGAUAUUAUCCUGGUGCCUGUGCAUCAGGGAGUACAUUGGUGUUUAGCAGUAAUAGAUUUCAGAGCUAAGACAGUGAAAUACUACGACUCUAUGGGCCAAAGAAAUGAAGAUGUUUGCCGGAUUUUAUUGCAUUACCUAAAAGAAGAGUUUAAGAGCAAGAAGAGCAAAGAUCUGGAUAUUUCAAAGUGGACCGUGACUAACGCAAAGUCAAACGAGAUCCCUCAGCAGAUGAAUGGCAGUGACUGUGGGGUGUUUGCUUGUAAAUAUGCAGAUUACAUUGCAAGGGCCAAACCCAUGACUUUUACACAGCACAACAUGCCCUACUUCAGAAAGAGAAUGAUCUGGGAAAUCCUGAGCCAGAAGUUACUUUAAAAGCCUGAGAGGAGGCUGUGUCGUCCAGCACUGCUGUGCUAUUCUUGAACCUGGAUAUCUCCACUUUCAGCCACAAAACUCUGUGUGUGUCGGUGACAGACGGACAUCUGGCCAGGCAGCCAGACCAUUUCCAACAAUUCAUAUAUAUAUAUUUUUUGAAAUCCAAUGCUAGUAGCAGUUAUGUUUUUUUUUUUUUUUUUUUUUUUUUUACUAGCUGCAACUGUUAAUAAUCAGAGCUCUAAAAUAAGCUAAUAGGGCUCUAAACUCAUUAACCUGUAACAGUACUUAAUAUUUAGAAAGGGGUGGGGCACAAAUGUUAUUUAUUUUAAAUAUUGCACCUGUAUGUUAGGUGAAAAACAGCACUUGCCACGCUGUCGUCCUCUCGCACACUACAUACAUUUGAAUACAUACAUUUAAACUGUGUUCUCCUCCCCAAUAUACUCCUGAUGUGUAUCUUGCUAAAACGAACAUUUUGAUAUGGAAGUUAUAAUAUUUAAGUUCUGUUAUCAUUUAUAAUAGGUUAUGUUAUUUAUCAACAGUCCUCCUUAUUUUGUGAAACAAAGUGUCCUGUUCUGUUCUGGAAAGAGUAAAACUGAAGUGAGGGUAAUGGGACCCUGGAGAACAUUGAUAAGAGUUGUGCAAAAUUAACACACUUCAAUGAAUUUAUGUUUAUAUUUCUAUAAAUUCUAUUUUUUCAUUUUAGAAAAAAUAUAUAAGGCUGUGUGCAAUCGUGACUUCUAAAUAAAUAAACUACUUAUUUGUGCGUCUUGUCCUGUGUAUUAUGUUUUGCAAAUUUAUCUCAGACUUAAUUUAUUUUGAAAUGGUUCACUGUACCAGCAGUGUAACAUGCAAUAUUUCAUUGGCCCUAUGAAUAUUUUAUCAAAUAGUAUCUCCUUU